AUGGGCCUUUCUUUAAUAGCAGCUCUGUUUUCCUGUACAAUGGGAUUAUGUGCACCUUGUACCCCAGGAUGUGCUGUUCUACACAGUACUGCCAGUUUCUUUGCUUUUUUGUUUGCCGUUGUAGCUGCUUCUGUUUUCUUUUUCGCAGCUCAUCGUGUUGAUAGCCGUUUUGUCGUUGGUCUUGUUGGGACUUAUGAAGUAAAUAUAUAA